ACUUUAGUUGAUAAAUAUCAGCAAUCCUAAGUUCAAAACUUAAAAUAUAAACUAACUUAAAAUCCUUCAACUUUCUCAACUAACUUUUCCAUAUCAAAUGGCCGUGACAUUGAGUCUUCACACUGCGAAACCAUUUUCAACAAAUCAACCUUUCUCUUUUCCUUGUUCCUCAACAAAAUAUCCGACAAAAAUCUACCAUUUCCAUAACCAAAGUUUUAUUGCCAGAAUACCCUUUUCUUCUUUCAGAAAUAACAACAAUCCUUUACCAGAAGCUGACUAUCCAGUCCCACUAGAGCAGCAGCCUGUUAACGAAUUCAAAGCCCUUUCUGAUUCUUUCCCAUUUUCAUGGGCUUCGGGUGACUUGGUUGAGUACUGUUCCCGUCUAUUUGCUACUGGACUUGCCUUUUCCCUCUUUGUAGGCUUGCCCGUUAACUUAUUUGGGUCGGCUGGACCCGUACCCGAACCACUUAAACCGUUCUUGGGUGCUGUUUCUGGUGGAAUUAUUGUUGUUACUUUGGCUGUUGUCAGGAUGUAUCUUGGUUGGGCUUAUGUUGGUAACAGAUUGCUCAGUGGCACUGUUGAAUAUGAAGAAACAGGAUGGUAUGAUGGUCAGAUAUGGGUGAAAACUCCUGAAGUUUUGGCACGGGACCGCCUUUUGGGUUCUUUCUCUGUGAAGCCUGUCCUGAGUAGAUUAAAGAACACCUUGGUGGUUCUUGCAACAUCAUUGCUUGUGUGUGUCCUUGUUUUUGUCAAUAUUGAGACCGGCCCAAAGGCUAGCUAUAUACCAUCAGAAGAAGCUGGUGGUAGGUCAGUACCAGGAGUCUACAAUGAUGAGUCUGCAAGAUCAUUUGAACCAGCUGCAUUUUGUGGUGGUGAACCUGCUGAUCCUUAAUUCAUAAUAACUGCUAGGCAUUCUUAAUCUACUUCUGUAUAUGGUACCAUGUAACCUCACGUAUACAGUAAUAAGUUAAUGUAUGUUCUUUCUUUCUCCA